GGGGUGUGUGAACCUGUCGAGGGCCAGGUUCCCAUUUUCUGCUGGGGGUGGUUUGGGUCCUUCAAUUGGGGAGGUGCGUGGCUAUGAGGUGGCCAAUCCCCUGCUGGCUGCGUGGGAGGAGCCUCUUGAAAACGAGGCUGGGGCUUGGGUGCUGUGGGUGAGCAUACGAAGGCCAGAUGCCUGCAGGGGACGGGAGCCCCAGUGCCGUGGGGCUGGGCAGGCAGAGGGAGCCCCCUGCGCCUGGAUCUCUUGCUGUGACCAGCCCUGCCGGACCCCCUGGACAUCACCCGAGCCCCCCUGGCUUCCCUCAGGUGCUGUCAAACUGCCGUGGACCCACGAGCCCCAGGGCUGGCGGCAGGCGAGCAAAGGAUGGCACAGCCCUAGGCCCUGCCGGGAAGAUUCCUGCCUGCACCGCGCUGCUCCCGGGACGGCCGCGAGGAUGCCCUGCUCCCUCUCAGCUGUGGCUCUGCUCCUACUUGCCCUCACCCGGAGCCUCCCGGCGGCCACGCUGUCCUUCCCCAGAGACCUCGUCCCCCUCAGCACCGUGGGCCUGACAAGCACGUCCCAGUACCCCUGGUUCCGGGGCCUGGCGGGGGACAAUGACACGGCCCAGCUCGGCCUGGACUUCCAGAGGAUGCUACGGCUCAACCAGACACUCUUCAUCGCCGCACGGGACCAUGUGUAUGCCUUUGAUCUCCAGUGGGCCAAGGAGCUGCUGUGUCCAGACAGGUAUCUCACGUGGAAGACGCAGGACGUGGACAACUGUGCCAUGCGUGGGAAGCUCAGGGACGAGUGCUACAACUACAUCAAGGUGCUGGUGCCCAAGGACGACCGGACCCUCUUUGCCUGUGGGACGAAUGCCUUCAACCCCAUGUGCCGUACCUACAAGAUCAGCAGCCUGGAGCAGGACGGGGAGGAGCUGAAUGGCCAGGCCCGCUGCCCCUUUGAUGCCAAGCAGACCAACGUGGCCCUCUUUGCAGAUGGGAACCUCUACUCAGCCACGGUGGCUGACUUCCAAGCCAGCGACGCGGUGAUCUACCGCAGCCUGGGCGAACGCAGCCCCAUGCUCCGCACAGUCAAGUACGACUCCAAGUGGCUGCGAGAACCGCACUUCCUCCAUGCCCUGGAGCAUGGCAGCUAUGUCUACUUCUUCUUCCGGGAGAUCUCCAUGGAGUACACCACGCUGGGCCGGGUGGUGUUCUCGCGGGUGGCACGCGUGUGCAAGAACGACCUGGGCGGCUCGCCCCGUGUGCUGGAGAAGUACUGGACCUCUUUCCUCAAGGCCCGGCUCAACUGCUCUGUGCCCGGCGACAGCUUCUUCUACUUCGAUGUGCUGCAGGCUGUCACCGGCGUGGCCCAGCUAAACGGGCGGCCUGCCGUCUUUGGCGUCUUCACCACUCAGGCCAACAGCAUCACCGGCUCGGCUGUCUGUGCCUUCUACCUGGAUGACAUUGAGCGUGUGUUCAGCGGGAGGUUCAAGGAGCAGCGGAGCCCAGAUGCUGCCUGGACGCCUGUCCCUGAAGACAAGGUGCCCAAGCCCAGGCCAGGCUCCUGCGCUGGCUCCGGGACUGCAGGCACCUACCGCAGCUCCAGUGAGUUCCCCGAUGAGACCCUGUCCUUCAUCAAGUCCUACCCACUGCUGGAUGAGGCCGUACCCUCCGCCACUGGCCAGCCCCUCUUCACCAAGACGGCCAGCAGGUACCGGCUGACCCAGCUGGCUGUGGACCCUGGCGCCGGCCCCCACCGCAACCACACGGUGAUGUUCCUGGGUGCUGAGGAUGGCACGGUGCUCAAGGUGCUGGUGGGCAGCACAGCGAACACCAGCCUGGAGCCCGUGCUGCUGGAAAAUAUCAACCUCUAUAGCCCAGCCAGGUGCACCAUGAGGCAGGAGGACAGGCGGAUCCUGGGCCUGGAGCUGGACACAGCGCAUCAUGUGCUGUAUGUGGCCUUCUCAGGCUGCAUGGUGCGCGUGCCGCUGAGCCGCUGUGAGGCCCAUGGCGCCUGCAGGAGGAGCUGCCUGGCCUCCCGAGACCCGUACUGUGUCUGGCUGAGGACAGGAGCAUGUGUGGCGUUUGGGAAUGACAUCAGGGCUGGCUUCGAGCAGGAUGUGGAGAACGCAGCCGGGAACCUCGGGGGCUGCCAAGAUGUCGCAACUGCCACGGGGAACCGCAACGGCGCCAGCGACUCGGCGUACGGGAACACCGGCCCCACCGCCAGCGUCGUGCCCUACCUGGUUCCCACAGAUCAGCCCCCAGUGGGCACAGCCCCAGAUGCCCACCCUGCCCCUGGCGCUGGGGACCCGCGCUCCACCUUGCGCGUGGCUGUCAGCACUCAGGGGGUGCGGCAGGAUGUGGAGGGCAGAGACAGCGCCAAGACUGUGCACUUCACCUUCCUCAUCGGCUGCGUCCUGGUGGCUUUCGUCCUGGGCGCUGCCUCUGCCGGCCUCCUCGUCUCCUGCUACUGCAGCCAUCUCUUCCAGAAAGCCAAGCGAGCUGGCAAGGAGCCUGAGGGUGCCCUCCCACGCCCGCUGUCCCUGCGCAGCCUGGCCAAGAUGAACGGGCUGCUGGAUGCCCCGCCAGGCAAGGACGGGCGGCCUGAGGGCCCCUCGCCCAAGCUCUACACCACGCUGCUGCCCCAUGAGAAGGAGCCGCCCCGCGCCAAGGAGCAUCCGGAGCUCUCGGGGCUGCCCACGCCCGAGUCCACCCCUGAGCUGCCCGUGAAGAACGUGGUGGCUGUUCGGAGCCCAUGGGAGAGGAACCACAACUCCAACAAUGCCAAGGAGGCCCAGGGCAAGGCCCAGCUGUUCCCUGGCACUGCCACCCAGGGCUACCCCUUUGCCAGCGGCCUCCGCGGCUAUGACAUGGUGCCGGGAGGCUGCGGGGAGGAGAAGAAGGCGCCGCAUGCAGAGAGGGUGCUAGUGCGCCCGUCAGCUGGCAUGGAGGUGACCACCCUGGAGGAGCUCCUCAGGCAUCUCCAUGAAGCCACCGGGCCCCCGCACACCACGCUGGGUGGGAUGCCUCUGGCCCAGCCAGCUGCCAGCCCCCCUGGCGCACUGUCCUUUGCCAACCGGGUGCAGCCCAAGAUCCCCGACACGGAGAGUGCUCCCUACUACAGCUCCUCCACCCUGCCCAGGGACAGCCUGCCUCAGCGCCUGGACGUGCCCCCCGACCCUGCCCCCCAGCCCUGCCCAGAGAAGCAGCCACUGCCCCGGCCUCCAGGCCACAGACACUCGCUGGUGCGUUGGUGGGGGGGGGCGGCGGGCGCUGGGGCGGGCGGCGGGCUCCUCUCACGGCAGCACAGCUUGAGCCAGGCCACGCGGCCACACCCACCGCUGCUGACACGUGUGCACUCUGCGGGCACGCCGGGGCCCCUGGCCGGCCAUGCCGCCUUCCUCCCGCGCCAGCGCCAGGGCUCUCUGCCCCAGGCUGCAGGCGGCGGCAUCAAGGGGGCAGGUGCUGCCAAGCCCAGUGUGCCGCCCAAACCGGUCUUCAUGCCCUCGUCCCCUGUGAAACCUGCCGGGCAGUUCAACUACUGACCUGCCCCGUGGCUGGGGUGCAGGGCUCUGCUUACACCCUGGCUGGAGCCCCCCGGCCUGGGCCCAGGGAGAACAAGAGGCAGCAGAGACAGCCGUGGCAUCAGGAGCACGUGGCUGGGAGCAAGACCAUUGGGCUAGCGGUGGUCACGGGAGCAGGGACACACUCCUGGGAAGGCCACAUCCCUGACAACCUCCCUGCUACCAUGGAGCUGCAGGGCGAUAUCCCAGUACCAGCCCGGGCACUAUGCCAGCCCUUGCCUGUCUUUGGCUGUCAAAUCUCCCUGUGUGCUGGGGGCAAGGGACAGGGCCACGCUCUCCCUGCCCCCAUUGCAAACCCCAGCCUGGGGCUUUAUUUAUUAGACUUGAACUGCUCUUUAAUUUAAACCAGGCAGCACCACUGUAGCAUUGGCCCACGCGGGAGCCUGAUGCUGGCGCAGCCGGCUCCCCCCACAGCGACGCUUGUCGGCUGCACAUCAAUGUAUUCCAGGCCCGGCAGGGCUGGGGAAGCCGAUUUUGGGGCAGGAGGAGGGGGCUGAUUUGGAAGGACAGCGCAGUCGGAGCUGAGGGCUCGGAUGGAAGAGGCCUCAUACAGAAGCGGGACAGUGGGCAGGGACGCAGAGGGCAGUGUUUCCUACUGUGUAGGAGCCCGGACUGCGCUGGGGGCGCAUCUGGACAUGGAUGCACCCCUGCCACUGUCUGAAUUAUACGGUCUUCCUGUC